CCAUACAUUGAGUGUACUUUCAGUUCAGUUGUAUCAGGUUGCUGACGGCAGAGUGAAUUUUUACUGUGUGCAAUGGCAACAGAAAAGCAGGGCAGUUCUGAAGAUGUUUCUUCUUCUGGUGAAAGCAGUAAACCACUGGAGGGGCUGUUCCACAGCCAUUUAGAGGAGAGGGUUCGUCCUUUAAUCGACCUGAUUGAUUCUCUGAGGCAGCUUGGUAUUGAAGAAGAUUUAGCUCUACCAAGUAUAGCAGUGAUUGGAGAUCAGAGCUCUGGGAAAAGCUCAGUGUUGGAGGCUUUAUCUGGAGUGGCCUUACCUCGAGGAAGUGGUAUUGUUACCAGAUGCCCUCUAGAGCUUAAGCUGAGGAAAAUCAAAGGUGGAGUUCAAUGGCGAGCUACCAUAUCUUACAGAGAUGAGUACAUUGAGUUUGAUGACCCAUCCUUGGUUGGAACUUAUGUUGAAGAAGCCCAGAAUGAACUGGCUGGAGAUGGAGUUGGAAUAUGUGAUGAUCUCAUCACACUGGAGAUCAUGUCUCCUGAUGUGUGUGAUCUCACACUGAUCGAUCUCCCUGGAAUCGCCAGAGUUCCUGUGAAAGGUCAGCCUGACGAUAUUGGAGAUCAGAUUAAAAGUCUCAUACGAAGCUUCAUUGAGAAAGAACAAACUAUCAAUUUAGUGGUGGUCCCAUGCAACGUGGACAUUGCAACCACAGAGGCACUGAGAAUGGCACAGGAAGUGGACCCUGAGGGAAAAAGAACUCUGGCCAUUCUAACUAAGCCAGACCUUGUUGACAAAGGAACAGAGAAAAACAUACUGGAUAUAGUCAACAAUCAGGUUAUCCCUUUAAGUAAGGGAUACAUCAUUGUUAAAUGCCGUGGCCAAAGGCAGAUUGAUGAUAAGGUCUCUCUGGCGGAGGCUACUCGAGUGGAGAAAGAAUUCUUCAAACGUCAUGAAUACUUCAGAUGCCUUCUGAAUGAAGAGAAAGCAACGGUUCAGUGUCUCGCCACCAAACUGACUCAAGACCUGGUCGACCACAUUAAAAAAUCACUGCCUCUGCUUUCAGAGCAGAUAAGGAAGCAGCUGUGGGACUGUAGAAAGGAGAUGGGUCAAUGUGAACCUGGCCCACCACUUGAUCCACAAAAGAGGAAAGACUUUUUGAUUACAACCAUGAUGAAAUUUAAUGACAAGAUCAACCGCCUGUCGACUGGAGACGCAGGUAAUAAUGACAACUUGUUUGUUGAGCUCCGGUCAGAGUUCAAAAAGUGGAACGAAUAUCUUGAGAGCACAAAAACCUCAUUUCACGAGACAGUCCAGACUAUAAUGAAAGAAUACGACCUGAAAUACAGAGGAAGAGAGCUGCCUGGCUUCAGCGAUUAUAAUGUGUUUGAGACGGCGGUGCAGAUACUUGUGGUCAAACUGAAGGGACCAGCUAUUGAGACACUCAGGAUCAUCAAAGACACAAUCCAGAAACAGUUCUCAGAGGCAUCUAGAGCCUGCUUUAACAACUACCCUUUCCUCCAGUGUGUUGCAACGAACAAAAUAGAAAACAUUCAGUCAAGACAAGAAGCCAAAGUGGAGCAGAGAAUCCUGGAGCAGUUUGAAAUGGAGGAACUGGUCUACACUCAGGAUGGAAUCUACUUCAAAACCUUAAAUGAGACUCAGCCUGUUAUGGAUGGGCAGAAACCUUCAGAGGAUAAUUGUGCUAACCUUGACAGCAGAAACAAUUAUCCUGAUAUGCUGAAAGCCUAUUAUGAGAUCAUAGUGCAGCGAUUGGCCGACCAGGUGCCCAUGCUAAUCCGAUACUUCAUGCUGAAGGAAUUUGCUCAUCUGCUCUGCAAAGAGAUGCUGGGAUUACUGGAUGGAGCCAAUGUUGUUGAGGCUCUGCGGGAGGAGUCAGAAGUCAGCAGACGUCGGGUCUCCACUCAGAACCGCGUGGACCGUCUCACCAUCGCUCAAGAGAAGCUCAGCAACUUUGUUUGAAGAAGAGAUUUGAUCCGAGUUAGCACUUUAGGUGCAGCAACUUUUAUUCCAGUACAUUUGUAUGUCAGUAAAGUACUGUGUUUAUUUACCAUAUAUAUUGAUAUAUAUUACACACACAAUAGCUGUUUUUAGCGCACAAUAUACUGUCUAAGCAUUUAUUCUAGUAAACAAUUCUAUUGUAAUUUUAGAAUAAUUUAUGGCCGUAAUAUAUAUAGUAUAUAUAUAUACUAGUCCUCUAAGUCUUCUCUUUACUGCUGAUUAGUCUGGAUUAGUCCAUGUUAAGAUGAACUGUUGCCAGGUGUUGCCAUGUGGGCCAGCCAGACCUCUUCCUGUACCAUUUUUUUUUCUUCAGUUUAUGAGUGUGUAGGAAACAUCUGUAUUUUGUCUAAAGAAAAGACAUAUAAUAUUAAUAAUUACAGAAUUAUCUUUGUUUUAUGUAUUUCUAGUUACAGUUUUUGACAGCUGCUAAGAAACGUUUGUGAUGGAAAUUUAUUUCAUUAAGGUGAUUCACAAUCAAUAAGGAGGGUAAAUUAUUCCUUAAUCAUGUAUGCAAUUGUGACUGGAGAUACGUGACUAACUGCAGAGAUUAGAAUGUGCGUCCAUGUCUCACAUGGGCGUGCAGGACAGGUGACCACACGAUCACAUCCCUUGGGCAUCAACCAUAAAACAUACGUGGCACAAGUUACUGACCAGUGCAUUGGAAGGUUCUGGAAGCUACGUGUAUCUAAAGGACCAGACUGGUCAAGACUGGCCAGGUGAUGUACAGAGAGACAUGGACUUUUACCAUAUAAGGCAAUGGCCUGAGGGGACCUAAAAAGGUACAAAUACGCUGAGAUGUUGGCAGUACGGGGGGAGAGACUUUUUAACGUAUUCUGUCUUUUCUCCAAUUAAAUAAUUGCCCCUCACUUGUCACUAAUCUUUGUUUUCCAACACAUGUUUACCAGAAUACAUUUAAAUACAUUUUCUACAUUCUAAAUAAAGCAACACACCUACUUCAUACAUUUGCCAAAUAGUUAAUUUCCUUCACAGAUUCACAUUUUGUUGUCACAAACCUGGAUCAAUAUCGACUAAAUCUUCCAAACCACGAACACAUAUUCACUGUUCCAGAGCUACACGUAGUCAAUCACAGUGCAACCACUGUCAAAAUGCUAUUACUGUUGUUUUUUAUAAUGUUUUAAAACAUUUUUACUUUAGUGUAAACAUAUUUUGGCAACAUAUUUUCCAUAUCUUUGAAUGAUACUUAUAAUAUAGACCUAUAGAGUACACAAAAAUUGUCUGUGGCAGUCGUUCAACUUAAGUUCCAUACGAAAAACAUUUAAAAACACAAAUACAAAAAAGAAAAUCUUACUCUUCUUUGAACACAAUCCCACAUUCUGACCCCCACUCUUAUUCUGAAACAACUGUUCCUUUCACUUAUCCUGAUAAAAGGAAACCUCUUUCUUAUCCACAAUGAACACAAUUAACUUUCUUUAAGGCUGGAAUCCAAAAUGAAUACAUUUCUGGAUCUUGCCGUUUGCACAAAGAACUAGUUGUUUUCAGUCUGGACAGUGGGAAGCCCCGUGCUAUUUUCUUUUUCAGUUUUACUUUGAAAAGUGGGGUUG